AUUACCAAGCACAAAAACUUGUGCUAGGUAUAGAAGCAAAAAAACUUCUUUACCUAGUCAUAAACAGUUGCUCAUCCAGCAUAUAGAAUGAAUGGGAAAUAUGUAAUACCUCUGCAACAGAGAGCAUGGCAUACUCAUUUAGACAAAUCUCUAGCUCCGGCAUUAGUAUAGUACAGACUAGGUGUUCUUUUGGGUGGGUUUUUCUUUUACCUGCCUGUUUCUGGGACUGGGGUGGGGCGAAGAGGAGAAGAAGUUCCUUGUUAUUAGUCCUUGGUAUCUACUGAAAUUUUGUUCCUAACUGAAGGUUAUCUUCCUCUCCUCUUCGUGGUGGUUUGGUGGUGAUUUGUUUGUGUUGCUAUUAGUGUUUGUUGGGUGUAUGGACGAGUGGGUUUUUUUCCGGCUGGAAACAGGAGAAGAGUGCAUGUGCAUACCCAUUAAUCCAUCCAUCUGAUGCUAGCAUCUAUUGAAGUUUUUUAGUGAACUUAUUAAAUUAGGAAGGCAGAUAUAUUUUCAGAAAAUGAUGCCUUCGGCACACAUUUCCAAAGAGAACAUAAAUCAUGGGCAUUUAAUGUGCCGGUUUGUCUUAGAUCUGGCUUCCACUUGUUGAUUAGACACCGCAAAAGAAUGUUUAGAGGCAGUUUAUGUAUUUCUAAGAUUGCACAUGGAUCCUAUGAACCAAAAGUUAUUAACUGACCUAUGCUCUAUGAGAAUGUUGAUAUCCUUUUACACCAUAUUUUAUUCUAUUUUAUUAACAGAUUUGUGCCUGUUAAUAUUUUUGAUGUAAUAUCGGCCAAUGCUUCACAGAGUGAAUGUUACUGUUGGGUUGAAUGAGGAGAGGAUGAUGAUGACUGGGAUGCACACAGUUGCUGACAUAUUCUGUGUUGGUUGUGGGUCAAUUGUGGGAUGGAAAUAUGAGGCUGCACAUGAAAAGAGCCAGAAAUAUAAAGAAGGAAAAUUUAUUCUUGAAAGGUUCAAAGUUACAGGUCCUGAUGGAAGCAAUUACUUGCUAAGCCAUGAAGUUCAUGUUGGGGGAAGUGACACUGAUGAUGUUUAAUUUGUCUGGACAAAGUUGUCCCAGGAAUAAUUGUAUAUUCUUUCCCGUCAAUGCUCUUGUCUCGUCUGAUAUAGAUUCAGAACAUUCAUUCUCUUUAACACAUGGUAAUCAACUGCAGCAUAGUAUAUCAAUAAAUUAGACACUGUUUGCUCGCA